AUGAAGAAAUUUUAUCUAUUUUUCUCUGCCGUAGCAGCAAGAAGAGCUUUAUUCGAGGAAACAUGCAUUGAUGAAGAGCUGCAAAAAGACUGCAUGGGAAUAACGAUUAUACUGCGUGUCGUCUUCUGUGCGAGACAGAAUACUGCUUGUCGAUCUGCAACUCCGAGAUGUAACGAAGACUGCCCUUGUGGAGAAAAUUGUCCAAACGGAUGGCAAGGCUGUGAAAAUCCAAUUUGCCCAACAACUGAAUCAAUUAAAUCAACAACACCUGGGGAUAGUAUUUUCUACCCCCGAUGCGAUGGUGCUGGCGUUGCCCAACUCAGAUUCUCUGGAACAAAGCUUCUUCACCUUGAUCGAGUCUCGUCGGGAAGUGCUAUUCGAAUCGUUGACAUGGAAAUUCUCGAGGGAGGAAUCCAGAGAGGAAGGAUCGAAGAUGCUCUCACAAAACAGCAAUGGAGGCUGAAUUACUGGGGCUCAGUUAACGGCGGAAAUUUCAUCAUGAAAGAUUUCGGCGAAGGCGAUUUUUGGAGAUUUGUUCCUCAUCCAACUUUUCCUGACACUUUCCAGAUCCACUGGGACAAUGACUACCACUUUGACACCCACGUGAAUGAACGGAAUGCAAUAACUUAUCAGCCGCAGAGUUGCAAAUUUGCUGAGCUGAUUUUCACCUCGCCGAAAAUAUCAGGCGGAGAAACCUCGAUCAGCGUUUCUUUCGACGACUCGAAUUCUUCCGAAGACGAGGACGAUGAUUCGGACUAUGUUUCGACCAGAGAAAACCGGCAAGAAGAUGGCGGAGAUACGGCUAAACAGUCUAAGAGGCAUCGAAAAAUGAGCAUUAUCGCUGACGAAGAAGGAAUGAAAGAAAAGCUCCACGAUUUUCUUUGGUUUCCUCUUUGA